CUCGCGAAAUACCGUGUCUCUCGGUUCUAAGCAACAUGGAUUCUGGAAUUCAGGAAUUCUUUAAAAAUAAAACCAUUUUCCUAACGGGAGGCUCAGGAUAUUUAGGAAAAGUGGUUACCGAAAAUCUCCUGAGGACAACCGAUGUGAAACGAAUAUACUCACUUAUCCGGCCAAAGCGUGGUGUGUCCAUUGAAGAACGCACCUCAGUUUGGGAGACGGAACCGAUUUUCAAGGUGCUCCUAAAGGCCAAGCCCCAGGCCCUGAAGCGAAUUUUUCCCAUCGCCGGCGAUUGCCUGGAACCGGAUUUGGGCAUAAGUGAGUCGGACCGGAAGCUGCUGGUCUCCGAGGUGCAAGUAGUUAUCCAUGGAGCAGCCACCGUGCGCUUUGACGAGGCGCUGCACUUGUCCCUGGCCAUCAACGUGCGAGCCACCCGGUUGAUGCUGCAGCUGGCCAAGCAGAUGACACAGUUAGUGUCCUUCGUCCAUGUUUCGACCGCUUACUCCAACUGCGUAGUGACUGAAAUCAAUGAGAGGUUUUAUCCGGAGCAUCUGAAGGAUAAUUCGGACAAGAUAUUGGCCUUAGGCGAGCUCUUGAGUAGUGAGACGAUAGAUAGCAUGACGACAUCGUUGAUAGGAUCCUUUCCAAACACUUACACUUACAUCAAGGCCCUGGCGGAGGAUGUGAUCCGGAGGGAGGCUGGUGACCUGCCCCUGUGCGUCUUCCGACCGGCGAUCAUUAUGCCUACCUACAAGGACCCCGUCGUUGGAUGGACGGAGAAUUUAUAUGGACCCCAGACCCUUAUCUUUGGCACAGCUCGCGGUGUAGUGCGGGUCGUCAUGGUAGAUCCCAAAGUCAUCAUCAGUAUGGUGCCGGCUGACUUUUGUGGUAACGCAGUCCUGGCCUGUGCCUGGCACGCUGGAGGAAAUUCUCGAGAACUAGCCGAGGCAGGAGAGCCUCCUAUUUACACGUUGGCUUCCAGCAAGGAAAACCAGAUGAGCAUCGGUACUUUCGUCCACUCAAUAUACGCUCAUUGCAGUCGAAUUCCGCUAACCAAGAUGCUGUGGUAUCCUUUUAUCCUCUGCAUUCCCCCCUUCCUCUUUCCGUUGGCUGCCUUCUUUUAUCACACUCUUCCGGGAUACUUCUUCGAUGCACUACUUCUCCUUAUGGGCCGCAAGCCCUUCCUGACAAAGCUGUACCGAAAAAUACACAAGAAUAUUGCCAUCCUAGGCCCAUUCACACGGACCACCUUUAAUUUUGGCAUGGAAAACACUACGGGACUGCUGCAUGCAAUCUCCAAGCGGGAUCGAAGCAUCUACGACUUUGACAUGGACCGUCUGGACUGGGUCGAGUAUUUUUAUGGUGCCACGGAUGGCUUGCGAGAGUAUAUGGGCAAGGAGCCGCCCACCGAGGAGUCCGUUGCCAAGGCUGUAAAGCUCAUGAAGCGCCUUAAGAUCCUUCACUAUGGUUUCACGGUCACGUUGGUCUCAGUAGCCAUGUACGGCUUGGUUCCUCUUUAA